AUGAGUGGCUUCAAUUUAGAACCUCCUAAAAGAAUUCCAGUUCUUACCAAGAGGCACCCACCCCUACUUUUCCUAUUUGACCUCCUUCUCUCUUGUUUAAUGGUUGCGAAGCUUCGCAACCUUAGCUAUAUUGUCGAAGAAUAUUUAUCAUUUUGCGCCUUGUAUCUUGGUGAUGACACAGUUCACAAGCGAAAUAAACUUGGGAGAAAUGUUGAUGCACAAGGAAGUAACAUGCGUGAAGGGUUUGAAAUAUUUAAAGGACUCAGUAAAUCACUCGGGAGGGUCAAAUAUUUCCACAUUGACCAUCAAGAGUGGGAUAGGGCGCACAUACAUGUCUUUUGGAACACUCCAGAAGUCCAACCUUACAUCAGGGAACAUGUGGAAUGUGAAAAGGCCACUCGACGUCCGCGGAUGACUAACUACAACCAAAUUCAAAAUGGGGUUGGACAAGUUAGCGAUGAUUUACGAGCAUUGGCUAGUGGCCCCAGAAGAUGGGCCGGUCUUUGGACCAGACUGAUAGUUAUGCUACUGCCUGAGACCCGAACCUAA